UUUCGAAUAACUUUUUGGCGUUUACUUGGACUAAAAAGAAGUUGUAGAAGAAAGAGUUGGAUGCUUCCACCUCGAAGACCAACAAAUUCUGAAAAAAUAAAACGGCGAUUUUCAAAGAAAAAUGAAAUAAAUAAUGAAAAUAGUCAACAAAAAAGUAAUAAUAAUAAUUCUAAUAUGACAGCUAUCGAAAGGGAAUUAAAUCAGCAAAAACAAUUAAAUUCUCAAAAUAAUUCUUUCAAAAUAAAAAUAAAGAAAAAUAUAAAAUUAUUAAAAAAUAAUAAAAAUGAGGAGGUUAAAGAACAACAAAAAUUGCCAAAAAAAGAAAAUUGUAGCAGAGAAUUUACUUAUAGAAAGAGAUCUCGACUUGAAAGUCUCUCUGCUUUAAUUCCACCAUUAGGUAGACGCCAUUCAUCAAAAAAGCCGCAAAUUGUUGUGGAAGAUUUGGCCAACAGUCCGCCAAAUUUUCGUGAAAGAAAUUCAAUUUCUAUUUCGGCAGGAGGGGAAACGACUUUUAGGUAA